AUGAGUCAAGAUUUAAGCGAACAUUAUGCAGAGAAAUCAAAACGAGUUCAACAAAAAUUGGAAAAUUUUCGAAGAGUUGCAUCGGAAAAUGCAAUAUUUGACAAUAAGGAAUGGGCAUUUGUCGAACGAAUGAGACUUCAAGUUAUGCGAAAUAUGAUUUUAACAAUUCGAAAUAUACAUGUUUGCUAUGAAAUGAAAUCUCCAACUAAAUUGGGACAUCCAUUUUCAUUUGGAAUUACUCUUCAUUAUAUACAUUUAACGGUAGAUGAUCUUAAAUUAAAAAUAGCCACGAAUAAUUAUAUACCAAAUGACGAUGAAAUGAAAUACGUUCUUCGUCCUUUGAAUCUUAUCACUGAAAUCUGGAUUACAUUAAAACCUAAACAACAUCAUUAUGAACGAUCGACAUUAAUUUUUAAUAUUCAAAUUCCAAAAAUGAAUUUUCAUGUUGAUGCAGAACAAAUAUCUGAUAUACUUGAUUUUGUUAAAUUUCAAAAUUAUACGAAAUCCUAUGAUCGUCGGCAUACAAAAACAACAACUACAGCAAAUAUACCAAAUGGAGCAGAUUUCUUAUUUGACGAUCCGACGAUUAAUCAACUUAUUGACUGUUUUGAAGCUAAUAAUGAUGUUAUUUGGCCACCAAUGCCAAAGUUCGUUGAUCUAUCUUAG